AUGAGUAAAUUACUUCCACUCGUUAAUAUUGGUUCAAAGUCAGGCAGAUUUAAAUACAUUCUCGCCCAACUUGGUCAAAAAUAUUUGAUUCGUGGUGAUUCAACUCUUGAUUACCAUGAAAAAAUAUUCAAAAAACUUCAAGAUGAAGCUGGUGGACCAUUAAAUGAUCUGUACAUAUUAGGCGGUGGAAAAAUGCAAGUCGAUUUUGAAAAGAAGAAGAUUAAUCUUUUCGAUCAAUCAGAAGCAUAUGGUCCUGCAGAUCAUCGACGCUCGAAAACAGUUCUGCAAGAAAAAUAUCCAGAUUUUACCAUCUCACUCGGUGCUCCUGAUUCUACUACCAAGAACUAA